AUGAGCAAGACCUAUGAUAGAGUUAGAUGGGACUUUAUUAGAGUCAUGAUGCUGAAUCUGGGUUUUAGCUCAAGAUGGGUAGACCUGACAAAUGCUUUUCUUAUGUCUAUUCGUUACACUAGCAUUGGAGAUAUUUUGAGAUGGUUGACUAGUUUGUUGAUUGAGAGUGAACAGAAUGGUAGACUUCACGGUAUAGGAGUUUGUAGGGGAGCUCCAGCAGUCAGUCACUUGUUUUUUACUGACUGUUGUUACUUGUUUUUUCGGGCAAGCUUGGAGGAGGCGGAGGAAAUUAAAAGGGUCCUUGAUCUAAAAGUCACGGUGGAUCAAGGGAAGUAUCUCGGUCUUCCAUCUCUUAUAGGGAGAAACAAGAGACAAAAUGUUCACUUUAUUAAAGAUAGAAUUCGACAAAAAGGGAAGGGUUGGAAUGCUAAAUUCCAUUCCAAAAGUGGGAAGGAGGUCUGUAUUCAGUCUAUAUCGCAAUCCAUUCCGAAGUAUAUUAUGAAUGUCUUUUUAAUUCCUAAUGGGCUUUGUGAUGAGAUUAAAAGGAUGAUGAAUUUAUUUUGGUGGGGGAGAAACCAAUGGGAGAGGAAAGGGAUUAAUUGGGCUAGUUGGAACAAACUAUGUUUGCCUAAGAAGUUUGGUGGUUUGGAAAAAAAUCCGUGA